UUCUCAUGUUAACUCUGCCUUCCUUUUUUUUUUCACUACAACGACUUUCCGGAUGUCACUGCCAACUGAUCUCCAACUUUGCUAUUUAGUCGCUCUUUCGUAAAGAAACUAAACACGUACUACCACUACGACCAUCACCACUACAACAACAACAACAACAACUACUACUAUUACUACUACUAAUCUACAUUACUGUCUGGGUGGAUCGAACCCAUGUGGCCUUUUGUCCUUGUCUAUUAACGUCUAAAUAUGAACAUCAUUUUGGGAAAUCGUUGAGCUUUAUACAUAUUAUUUCUCACCCUCGAAAGCCCAACACACGAGUUGCUCACUGACACCAUGUCAGCUCCACCACCACCUCCACCGCCAUGUGCGCCCCCGCCUAUGAAGUUGGGUUCCAAAAAACAAGCCAGUAAUACUUCCAAGCCUGUUGAUAGAAAUGUUUUCCUCGGAGAGAUUCAUAAAGGUACUAGACUCCGAAAAGCAGUUACCAAUGACCGUAGUGCACCAGCAGUUGGAAAUAAAAAGGCUUCACCGGCUUCAAAAUACAAUACAAUAGGUGUACAUACACAUCGACAACAACAUCAAGUGAAGGAUAACGCAUUAUGGAGAAGAGGAAGCCAAGAUGACUGUUCAGCUAUAUUAAUUCAAAGGAAGAAAAUCCUUGAGAAAAAACAAAAAAAUGUGAUAUCCAAUCACAAAAUAAACCCAAUCAAUAAUAAUGCUAAGUCAAGUUAUUCACUUACAGCUGCCACCAAGAACACUGGUCUCCAAAAUAAUUUGCCUGUUUUAUCAAAAACUCUUCCAGCUAAUAUUUCUCAUAGCAAUGAUCUUAGUCAUGGUCUUAACUACAAUCAAACUAACAGUGAUUCUGUAAACAAUAAUGAGUUUAACAAACCAAUAGACUGGUAUAUAAAACGGGGCCUUAAUGAGUCUAACACACGUUGGAUUUCAAAUCUGAAGAAAAAGGUUCGUCGGCUAUCGGCGUUUUCCUUUCCUGUGAUGACAUCUUCCAAGUCCAGCUUUGAAAUCUCACCAAAUAUACAAUAUUCUUCUCAAACAUCUUCAGUGCCUCAGCAUUCUCCUAACCAAUUUGUAGCCCACUUAAAAACAACAAAAGCAGAAUCAUCAUCAUCAUCGUCUCAUUAUGCAUCACCAGUGUCUCAUCAGAAUAAGAGCUCUGUUAUUAUUAACAAAACUGAAAAGACUCAGCAGAUGGAAUCAGAAAUUAUCACUACUCCAUCUUCUAGAACUAAUCAAGAUACCUCUAAUGAUAUAAGUAAUACUAGCUUUACUAGCUCUGAUAAUUAUCUGUCUCCCUAUCAGUAUUCUAAACCAUAUUCUUCUCAGAGUGUUGAGAAUAAUGUCAAUGUUCCCUCAACAGUACCAGUACCACCAUUGAUUGAGCAGAUCCAAUCCAAUUUCAAAAAGCUAAAACAUAGUUCUCCUAAAAUGGCCAAAGCUAGGACUAGCAGUGGAAAUAAAUCCAACUUGAAAAUUAUUCAAGGUUCUCCUUACCAUACAUCAUCGAAAGCUGCCAAAACACUAGAACAGCAGCUUCAUUCUCUGCGCAAGACCUCAAUCAACCGUAAGACUACAUCUUUCGAACCUUCGGCACCAGUAUCAGAAUGGAGACAGAAGUUGAAAGUGGAUGCUCCCAGUUUCCAUAGAUUUUCUGCUUCUCGUUUGAAUAUUCGCCAGCCUGGAACUCCCCGGCAUCGAUCUGCAGCUAUGUCUCAUUUUAGACCAGUAGCUACAACAAACACUCCGAACUCUUACAAUUUGACUAAACCUUCUUCAGAUAUCGUUGCAACUAACUCCACUAAUGUUUUAACUGUUGCUGCUAAAUUUUCUAACUUUGACCAACAGCAAGCAUAUCCAAAAGAGACUAAAAAAGAAUGUAUCAUCUAUGAAAAACCUCAACUGCCCUCCCAAAAGUAUAAAAGUCCAGUAACUAGUAUUUAUGAAUCUGCAGCUAUUUUUGAACAACCCCAAAAUUCAGCAUACAAACUACCUAAACAGUUUUCACAACCAUCAACAGUAUCACAAACAACUUCUGAGGAAAAACCAGCAGAAUUUCUGGAAGUUACUCUGAAAUCAACAAAGUUUUCGACUUUAUUUUAUGGUGCUAAAAAAGAUCCCAAAAAGGAUUUCACACCGUUUGGAAAUUACAACCGAUCACCUUACGGGAACCCGUCUUUAUUUAAGAGUAAUAAUAAUAAUCUAAACCCUUAUGUAAGAUCUGUUUCCUACCACGGGCCACUUUCAGAAGCUUCCUACUCAAAGUCUCCACAAAACUCAGGCAGUUAUUUCCGACCAAUUGGUUGUUCAUUCUUCCAGCCUUCAUUUAUGUCCAAUUCUGAGAGAGGAUAUUCUGAAAAUACCUAUCAAAUGUCAGCUUCAGCACCAUCACUGGUUCAAAAUCGUAUCAAAUGGGCACUGAACAUGUCUUCAUCUGAUGCUAAUCAAAGUACAGAUACAAAAGAUGAUACAGUCCGAUCUUUGGUCAAAGACCGUAUCAACUCUUGGGGAGGACAUUAUAAAGAUGAGGGUAAGAAAUCAAAUGACAGCUCACCACGAGGUGGCGGAGGUUUUCCUCCAAACAAAAUUGGAGGUAUGGCUGGCGAGUUAUUCCCUGGAGGAAUACCAAAAUUACAAAACAAAGGUCAAAAACAGAGAAUACCAGCAGGUAAUUCAUCUCCAAAACCGGUGCGCUUACCAAAUGGACCUACCAAUCAGACUGAUUUCAGAUCCCAACUCAAUAAAAAUGUAUCAAACGGUGGCUCAGUAAUCAAUGAUAACAAGACUUUGCCACAACGGAACGUACCUCCAACUCGUAAAUUUCAGCCUCCAACUCCUCAUCCUGUAAACACUAGCAAUGACAUCAACAGCAACAUCACCAACAAUAACCACUCUGUUAAUGUUAAUACAACCCCCAGCCCAUCGCAACACACUGCUGGUGGCAUUGCAAUGAACGUUGGUGGAGGGCGUCGGAUGCCAGGAGCACAUCCACCUCCACCUCCCCCACCACCUCCAGGUCGUCCUCCCUCUCUGCCCAACAACCGAACACCAAAUAAAAACCGGCCAUCCAGCAUGAUUGGAAGGCCUUUACCUCCACCUCCAACAUUAUCUUCUUCCUCCUCGUCCUCCUCUUCAAGCUCUUCCUUAAACCGAGCCCAGCCUCCACCACCACCACCACCACCCACACGAGGUCCACCACUCCCUCCUGAAAGGGUAGCCAGUAGCAGUGGGACACUACCAAGGUCAAAACCUCCAGUUCAGAGGCCUCCUCCUCCACCUCCUACAAGACCACCUGCAGGCCCUUCCCGGUUAAUGACCCAAAAUCAAGAAGGCCCAAGUCCUCCACAGCGAACAUCAAGUAAUCUUAGUUCGAGCAGCAACAUGAGCAUGGAUAUUACAAAACGUGGCCAUUUCCAUGAUGUAUUUGAAUUCCCACCUCCUGAGCCUUUUAGUGGGUGUGCAAAAACAUACCCUAGUCGGAAUUCAAGAAAUGCUGCUGGAAGUCGCCGGGCUCCACCACCUCCCCCUCCCCCUCCAAUUUCUGCGGUGCGAUGAAUACUGCCAUGGCCUCUUUUACAACAUGCAAUAUCUCAGCUCCAAAGCAUCUCCAUUCUGCUCCAGUUUCUCCAUUCUCUUCCUUAUGAUAUCACAGAUGGAUGGAUGGACGGUGCUACUGCUGAGGAUUCCAAGACUCCAGCAUCAAUCUACUUUAUACUGUUGAUAGCAUAUGUUGGAUUUUGUUUGAGAAAAUUCUACAUACGAGGUUCUAUGUGUAUGUAUAUGUGUGUGUGUGUGUAUGUAUGUGCAUGUGUGUGUUUGCGCGUUUCUAUGCAUGUCUCCGCCACUCUUUCUUACUUCCUAGUUUACGCCUAAAACCAUUUCUUUUAUUCUUUUUGUUACCUUCCCCUUCCCUAUUCCCUUCUUUUUAAUUUUCCAAUCAUAAUUUCUAACCAUGUUCUUCUAAUGGAAAUUUGCUACGGUGUAAUGGGUUUCAUCCUACAUGACAGAACAUAAGCUGCUAUUCUACUUUAUCUCUCUAUCUAUCUGCAUACAUUCAUAAAAAUGGAAUAGAUUCUAUAACAAUGUCGACUUCAAAAAAACAGCACCACCAGAUGUUUGUUCUGGAAAUGUGUGUUAUUUUUUUUUCUUUUCAUGUGGAGUAAAUAGCAUUUAAUAAUUUCUGACAAAAAAAUAGUAUAAAGAAUACUUACUAAUUGUACAAAAAAAUUAUAUAAAUGAAUUGUGUUGCAAGGAAUAUAUGAGUGUGUGUGUGUGCGUGUAUAUGUAUGUAUGUAAAUAUGUGUGUGUGUAUAUAUAUAUAUAUAUAUAUAUAUAUAUAUAUAUAAACACACUUACAUACAUCUAUCCACACACACACAUGCACAGAGGAACAUAAGCUCUUUUACCCCACGUAAGUAGCAAUAUAAAGAAAUGAAAUUGAAAGUGCACUUGGUAUCUUUUAAAAUAUUUAUUUACAUUAGCUUAACCAUUAUCACACUUUUAUGGUUUUUCAAAGUGACUUUUGAAAAUUUUGAAAUGGUUAUGUAAAACAAUCUUUUAAAAAAUUCCUAGUACAAUUUCUAUUUUCUUUCUUUACACAUGUACAAACUCUAGAGGGUAGUUACUCUUUUCUCUUUGAAAUUACAUAAUGGAACUGGAAUCCAUUUCCAUUUAUAUCUUCUUCCCUUUUGAGAAGAAAUUUGUAACAUGUUGAUUAUUUUUAUCAUCUUUGGUUCAUUGUCGAUAGUAAUACUAUACUGUCUUUUGUGAACACAGACAUGAAAUGACUGGGUGUAUAAGAUAUUAAAGACUGCCAACUCAUGGGUUGUGAGUUCAAAACUACUGCAGAGGUUUUAGUGUGUCUCUGGGUAAACAGGACACUUAAUUCUACAUCCCACUAUUGAGAAGAAGUACAAAAACUCCUAAGGAAAACUAAUUAUCAUAGAAUGCAGUCUAGUACUCUAUUUAAAAAGAGUAUAUUUUUCUUUCUCAUUUACUUGCUUAAACUUGCUAAGCACCAUUUCUGGGUGAUGCCUUGUGGUCCUUGAAAGACAUUACCUUCAGGUUUCCAUUAUUAUUCAAACAACAUGCUCAUGUACAGUUAUUUCUACAUUUUUAACAUGUAUCAACCUUUAUAUAUUCAUUUUGUUGUAACCCUAGCUCUACUCGGGUGUUCAGCACCAAACAGUGAUGUAAUACAACUUCUAAAGAUUUCCUUUAAAGAAAAACAUAUUUUGAUGAACUGAAACUGUCAUUUGUGGACAGGAGGCGUGGGGUGGGGUAACAUCACUUUUUUUUUUUUAAUCCUAAGUGAGUGAGGCAACAGCUUGAAUUAUGAAGAUGGAAUAUUCCAUUUGGUAUGUGCAUUUAAAUAAUGUAUUUGAACUGAAAUGGUGAAGAAAGGUAAGGUGCUCAGCUAAUGGAUUUUGUUUAUUUGUUAGUGAGAAUGUUUCCAUAAAAAUCUUAGAUCUUUUCCUCCCCACUUGUUCUGCACUUCCAUCCAGCUUUUAUUGCUUCUUGCCUCAUGAGAUACUUCACAUAUACAAAAUCAUGUGCAUGUGUGUAUAUAUACAUACAUACAUACACACACACAGGGGCAUGCAUUUCAUUGUGCCUACAAAGACAAGGAUAUUACUUUGCAACUAACUGAACUGGAAAUGUGUGCUUCACAUGAAACCAUUAUUUAAAAUGUAUCUCAUGAUUUGAUAGUACUGAAGCAGUUGAUGAAAACUUAUCUACACCAUUUUAUUCUAGCAAUUUAUUUCUCAUUUCCUUUUGUUCUUCAUCUUAUGUCGAGGGACGAUUAGUCCUUGUUUUGUUUCCUUUUCCAAAAAAGAAACUAUGAAAAUGCAUAUUUUAAAAUACUUUUUAGAGAUUUAUUAUACGUUCUGACACGAAUCCAAAUAUAUCCAGUGGGAGCACUUUUGAUGCUUUCAUUGAAACUUUUAAUAGAAAUCAUCAUCCAAAAAGACAAAAAACUUGCUUUUCCUGUAAAUAUAAAUUGUAUAUCUUUCUGGUUAUGAAAUCACAAUUCCACGGUUGUUUAUAAAAAAAAAAAUAAUAAUAAUAAUAGUGGUUCUUCAGCUUUGUAAAUUGUUUUUAGAUUUUCCUCAUGUUUGCUUCCUAUUCCUCUUGUUCUUUCUUUGAAUAUACUUUCAAGAGCUUUUGUUUUAUGUGUGCAUGGAUGUAUCCAUAUAUGAGUGUAUAUAUGUGUGUGUUUAUAUAUAUAUACACACACACACAUGCAUAUAUGUGUUUAUGUAUAUAUGCAUGCAUGCAUAGCUUGUAUUUGUAUGUUAAGGAAACCAAGUGUAACUGAUCUGCGUCUUUAAAUCCCUACAAGCCCCCAACUCCUACCCAACCACCCUCAAUGUUAAAAAAAAAAUCUAUCUAGUAUUAAAAAAAUACAACAAAACGUCUUUCAUUCACAAAUUCCACAUUUACCAGUAAUAGCAAUAAUAUUUUUCGAAAGAUUGAAUAAUUGAAAUAAUUUAAGUUGUUACUGUCGUAUUUAUUCCUUACACAAUGUGUAUGGAUGCAUAUAUGCCUGUAUGUGUGUAUCUGUACUAAAGUGUAGGAGUUUACUUAAUGUGUGUCAAAGCUGCCCACUACAUUAUCAAUGUUGACCAAAUGGCUAUAUACCAGCUGUCCCUCCUCCCUUAAUAAUAGAUGCGUGCUUGUUGAAUAGUUCAAUUUCUACUGACAAAUAUAUUAGUAUAUAUAUUUGAUCAGUCAAAUUCCCUUGUAAUCGUAUAUUAUGUUGGCAGUGGCUGGGGUACCUUGAAUUAGUCGUUAGUUAUGACAACAGGGAAACUUAUCUAAUAAUUUGAAUAGCAUGUCUGUGUAUUAAGAAGAAAAAAAUUAUCAAACAACCGAAAUAUGCAUCUUAUGUAAAAUUUGUUACUAUCAUUGACCUUAAAAAAAGCCUGCAGUUCAGACAGUGGUGACUUCAUAUGAAACAAAAUUAAAAAAUUGCAAUUGCUUGCUCUCAUUUGUCCUCACAUUGUUUCAAAUUCAAUCACUGUCACUGCUGCCAUCAUUCUUAUUGACAUGCACUAGCUAUAAGUUCAAUAGAAACUAAUUGACGUGUGCAAUGUCUAACAUGCAAGACAAUUUUCUUCAAAAACCAAAAAUCCUUUGAGUAAUUGACUCCAAGAGGAAAAUUUCUCUUCUGUUUUGAAUAAAAACAAAUCUUUAUCAUU